GCUAAAGAAGAAUUCCUGCUCCUACUGACGGCUAUAUAUUAUAUUUAUAUGUAUACAGAGAGAGAAGAGUAAGCCCAACAGCAUAGGAAUACAUAAAGCUAUGGGCAAUUGGGCAUCGUGCGUGCAGCUGAGGCCGAAGGCGGGCGCGACGGCCAAGCUCGUGGGCAUCGACGGCGUCGUCCGACUCGUGGAGGCACCAGCCACCGCCGCCGAGGUCAUGAUGGAGUUUCUCGGCCGCGUGGUGGCGAGCGCAGACGUGGUGGAACGGACCCGGCGCGCCGACGCAAUGAGGGCGGACGAGGAGCUGCGGCCUGGGGCGGUCUACCUGCUGCUGCCCGUGGGCCGAGUCGGGUCCCGGCUUUCCGACCGGCAGAUGGAGGUCUUGCUCGACGCUGGCCACCGACCGCGGAGGGGGAGGGAGGAGGUGGAUUGUGGUGGCGGAACGCAGGUGUUCCCGGAAGUAGCCAUCGGGACGGAGGGGAAGGUUGCGGGGUUGGAGGCGUACGUGACCGGGUAUCGUGGUAAACGGGUUGGCGGAUGUGGGCAGUGGAGACCAGUUCUCGACACCGUUCACGAAUCCGAAUCCGAUUAAAACUGUGAUAUUACCCUUUUAUUGACACGUGAAAAGCACGUGAAAUUCUUUUGCAAUGUAUGUGGUCAAUAAUAAGGUCGCCAGAUUAUUACAAUCCUUAUUGUUUUCAA